UUUUUAUGUUUUCUGGUUGAAACGACCGCAAUAAUGUGAUAUUUAGCAACUAAAAUGUGAAUUUCAGCAGGAGACCCCUAUUUUAUCUGCUCCGGAAUGCGAUUCGCUUCGGUUGAAACCCCCGAAACGCGACUAGGCUAGUUUUGAGUAUCAACUGGGCGGGUUUUGUUGUGAAAACCUGGCAAGCCUGGUUUGUGUAUCCUUCAGUCCGUUUCAGAAGCGGAGACAGGAUUACCACAGAAAACGAUCGAGGAGCGAUUUUGUCGGAUUCGCAUCCUUUCCUACAUUUUCGGACGACGUUUCCAACGCUGACUGUCGAUGGUUUCCCCGCUAUUCUCCAAUGGAUUACUAAUUUAACCGCAGGAACAGCAGGUUAUAUCAGCUGAAGAUCUGAAACCGAGUACACUCGAGAGGAUCACCUUCACCGUGGACGGAGAUGAAGACACUGGAGGAGCCCCCUUAUCUGACUGUUGGUACCGAUGUGAGCGCCAAAUACAGAGGGGCUUUCUGUGAGGCCAAGAUCAAGACCGCCAAGAGACUCGUCAAAGCAAAGGUCACUUUCAAACCCAGCUCGUCCACUGCAGAGGUGCACGAUGAACACAUCAGAGGAGUGCUGAAGGUGGGUGCCGUGGUGGAAGCCAGGAACCAGGAUGGGGUCUAUCAGGAGGCCACCAUCAACAAACUCACUGACGCUAGUCUGUACACCGUCGUGUUUGAUGACGGUGAUGAGAAGACCCUCAGGCGCUCGUCUCUCUGCCUGAAAGGAGCGCGACAUUUCGCAGAGAGUGAGACGCUCGACAGGCUUCCUCUGACGAACCCCGAACACUUCGGCUCUCCUGUCAUCGGCAAAAAAGGACACCGCAGAGGCCGACGCUCCAACCCCAUUCAAGAAGAGGAGUCAUCUUCAUCGUCUAGUGAGGAAAGGAGGAGGGCGAUCAGCAACAAAAACGAAGAGCUUUACGGCAAAGUGGUGUGUGUGGAUGGAGUCGUCACUAACGACAAGAAGAGAACCACAUGGUUUCCAGCGCUGGUGAGUCACAGAGAUCAAGCCUUUAGCGUUUCAGCAGCGUCUUCAGACAUUCAUCGAGAACCACCAGAAGAAUCCUCUAGUGCUGGUCGACUCACAAGCAACACCAAAGACUUCACCAAACUCAGACACGCAGUCAAGCCAUGA